UGCUCCGCCCACUCCGGGCUGUGGAUAAAGUUCACGUUAAAGCGCUUCCUCGUUAUUUUUUUAAAGUAACGUGGGGGUUCAGCUCCGUGUGAAUCCACGAUGUUUUCCUUGGAAUUCUUUUCAGCGACCACCUGGACUCUGCUGGUUCUCUUUUUCAGCCUCGUCUUAUUGUAUGGCAUUUGGCCAUUCAGAACUUUCACAAGGCUGGGAAUUCCUGGACCAAGACCCAUACCAUUUCUAGGUACACUGCCAUACUUGGCCAAGGGAUUUAUUAAUUUUGACCGUGAGUGCCAAACCAAGUAUGGAGAUUUCUGGGGGAUGUAUGAUGGACGGACGCCAUACUUAAUGGUUACAGACCCUGAAAUAAUUAAAGCCGUUAUGGUGAAGGAGUGCUACUCCGUGUUCACCAACCGCAGGAGCAAUGAUGCGUUGGCAGGUUCAAUGGUGGAUGCAAUUACAACAGUUAAAGAUGAAAAGUGGAAAAGAAUUCGGAGUACUCUAACACCAUGCUUCACCAGUGGAAGGCUGAAACAGGUGCUUCCCAUUGUUGUGCACUACGCAGACCGACUCAUCGGAAGCUUAGACAAAGUGAAUCUGGAUGAUCCUGUCGACGUUAAAAAAUUUGUGGCUCCUUACAGUUUGGACGUUGUCACCAGCGCGUCCUUCGGUGUCGAGGCCAAUUCCAUAAACAAUCCAGACGACCCCCUUAUUUGUCAUCUCAAGAAGAUUAUGAGCUUCAGAUUUUGGCCCUUCUUUGUAUUAUUGAUGUUUCCGUUUAUUGGCCGUAUCCUGAAGUACUUUCAUGUCACCAUGGCACCCAAAAAGAGCAUAGAUUUUUUCUACAACAUCAUUAAGAAAAUCAAAGAGCAGCAUCAUGCAGGAGAAGCUACCCAAGCAGACUUCCUGCAGGUGAUGAUUGAGAACGAGAUACCAGAGUCAGAAGUACAGAAUGAACAAGAUCAGCCAACUAAAGGUUUGACCGACCAUGAGAUUCUUACUCAGGCAUUCAUUUUCAUCUUUGGUGGCUAUGAAACCAGCAGUACCACUCUGACCUACAUCCUUUACAAUCUGGCCACCAACCCUGAUGCUUUACACACCCUACAGGAAGAAAUCGAUGCCAACACGCCAAGAGAUGCUCCUGUAUCAUAUGAAGAUGUGGUCAGUCUACAGUACCUGGAACAGGUUAUAUGUGAGUCAUUGCGUUUGAUUCCAACAGCUCCUAGGCUAGAAAGGAUGUGCAAGAAAACUAUCCAGAUCAAUGGCCUCACCAUCCCUGAAGGAACUCUGGUUGGGAUUCCUGUGCACCUGUUACACAAGGAUCCCCGCUACUGGGAUGCACCUGAGCUUUUCAGACCAGAAAGGUUCAGUAAAGACAACGGUGAGGUGAACCCCUAUGUGUAUAUGCCGUUUGGACUCGGUCCUCGUAACUGCAUUGGGAUGCGCUACGCCAUCCUCGUCCUGAAGGCUGUCCUUGUCCGGCUCCUGCAGAAUUACCAUUUGGAAACUUGCAAAGAAACUGUGAUUCCUUUGGAGUUUACAUGGCUGUUCCAGCCCAAAGAGCCUGUCAAACUAAAAUUUGUUCCCAGAAGAUGUAAGUGAGGAGGAGUCGGCUUCAAAUACAUCUACACGCUUGUUUUUACAAUGUGACUGCUGCCAACAGUAUAGUUUAAAUGGUCAAACAAUUUUGUGCAGUUUGAUCAGUUGUGUGUUCAUAGUCCUGUACAUUUAUUCACACCAAGACAAUACAGCAGGCGUCUGUAAUUAAAAAAAUAAUUUGUAACUACUCAAGGCUGCUACACACAAAAAAUACAGUAAUUAUUCCAUGUACCUUUCUCACAUUUUACUUAAUUUCUGUUUUGAUUUUCUGUUAUUAUUAUAUAUAGUCAAUCACUUUAUUCUUCUAUGUGUGCAAGUGUAGAUUUUGGAGCAAGUCUGUAUCUGUACCUUGAUGGUAAUAAAGAUAAUUGCAUAAGUA